AUUUGUAAAAUUUGUCAAGUCAACUGUUUAGAUUAUUUGUAACUUAGCAAUGCAAUAGAAGAAUCCCAAAAUUUGUUUUUUGAUCUUGUGACCCCGUAAGACGAACCAUGCAGACCUCGGCGAAUUCCGGCUCACUAUCCAAGAAGCCGAGCGUUGGGGGCACUGUGAAGCGGACCUUCGAUGUGACCCAGCUGAGCAGCUCUGGGUUGGGCAGCAAAAGGGGUGUCCAGCUACCACCGCUGAUGUUGAAGGGUCAGAUUCGCCCGGACCAGGUGGAAGACGCCAGAUUCCGGGUGGUGGAAUCCGAGCGGCGGCCCCUCAGCGAUCAGAAGUUCAACGCGCUAAUUAAGAGGCUGGUCAAGUGCUUUAUGUCGGAGGUGGAGAUCACGAAGCGGCUGCGGAAGGUCACCGCCCACCGGUCGGUCAAUCCGGUCGAUCUGCAGCUCAUCCGGCACCUGGAGGCCCUCCGUCGGAACUACGAAACCGAGCGAUCCGUUCUGGUGGUGAAGCUCAGCCUCGACAGCCGUUUCAAUCUGUAUGCUUCUCAUGCAGCGCAGGUUCGGGAAACCCAGCCGAGCAAGUCCAACAAAUGCAGGAAAAGCAAUCCUUCCGAGGCCCUUUCAAGGAGCGAUAAAAUACCACAGAGGACCACCAAUCGCAAGUACGAGUACGAUGUUCGCGCGAGGCAACGACAAAGCGGAGGAUCCCUGCCCAAAGGGUCGCCCAGGAAAGCCAUAGUCUGCAAUCAUAUCGUAACACCUGUGCAACUGUGUCACAGGCUCAGGGAAAAACUUUACAGGCUGCAGGAAACUUCUAUAUCUCCACCUCCGUCGGAGUCCGCCCCCAUUGAAGAAACGUCUCAAGACCCCGUUUCGGAUUCAGCUCCUCAAGUGUCCCCUAGCUCUUCCGAUAUAUUUUAUGAUAUUCCCGAUACGAAUGAUUUCUAGACGCGAAACCUUCUUUAUUUUCUGCUCUGUAAAACUUCACAACUAGUAAUAACACGCAAUACUUAGAAAUGGCAAUAAAUUUGUGGUCUCCCGCAAAUAUUG